GUUUGGAAAGCUGGCAAUCGUGAGAGGCAAAUUUCAACAACAACAACGGCGAAUGAUUAUUAUACGUUUAAACGCCAACUGAGAUCGAAUCGUCGUCAAAGAAAUCGCAACUCAAUAGAUACAGAGAUACGAACAAGCAAUGAAAUCAGCAAAAAAUUGGACGAAUUUGAUGAUGAGGAUUAUCCCGAAGACGCCAUGUUCGGUAAACCAAUUAAUGCAGCAGAUUAUGAUGAUGAUUCCAAAAGUGAGCAUUCAUACAGUCUGAAAUAUACGAAUGAUAAGAUACGCGUUCUUGAAUUUUUACGAUCUUUGAAAGGCAUCGAUGAAAUUAAGAGGACACGAUUUCUAUUUGUAUCUGCGCAGACAUACGGUAAUUUUGAUGGUAUUUGCAUGCCUGCAGAGAUUGCGAUAUGUGAAUUCAAUUUAAGAUACGGGAUUAUUGAUCAGUUUACUUCAAUAGUUGGACCGUGGCAUAUUGAUAACGAGAUACAACGUCGACGUGCAGAAUUUCAUGCAAGAGAAACGCACAAAAUACAUCUUGAAGGCCCCAUUGGCAGAACAAAUCGUAUUGCGACACAGCAUACGUGUUUACGUGAAAUAUUAGGCAGAUAUGACCCAUCAAUCGCUGAACAACAGUCCUUCUCUGUGGGCCUUUAUCGAGGUGGCGUUCGCGAAUUUGAUACAGAUACGGUAAUUCUUGUUUUAUUUGUUCAGCCGAAUUUCAAUGCAUCCAGCAAACAGGUGAACAUAAGUGGAGAAAUGAAAGGAAUUCACGUGAUUUUUGGUGGUGAUUCGAACGGUAAACGAUGGUUGAUCUGUUUAAAGCAUGAAUAUGAGAAUAUACGUUCGUCAUUGCAAUAUCUCAAAGAAUCACAAGGAAAUCGAUACGAUGGGUUUUCAACAAUUGAUGAUCAAUACGUAUUCGCCGAUGCGUUAGUGGAUGGGAUUGCAGAACAUUUAAAGGGGGUGCCGAAUGCUGAAUAUAAACUAUGGAUGGAUAUUUUUGGGAUAAAACAACCGUUUGAGUUUAUAACCCCGUGGGAACGAAGAGCGAAUGUCUUCUGUCGUCUACAUACAGCCAGUCGAAAUUGUUGUUGUGCUUCGGCCACAGCAGCUCGAAGUUGUUUCGCGAUAUUCUUUGCACUUCAUCAACUUUUGCAACUGCCAUUCGGUGAUUAG